AUGAAUAAGAUCAAUACAAAUACAAAUCACAUAUCACAUGAUGUUUUAGAAUAAUCAAAACCGAUUUUCAAUCAAAAAUUACUCAAAGAAAAAAUUAAUGAAUUAUAAAAUGCUAUAUCAAAAACAGAAAAAGAAUACAAUUCUGCUAUUCAAUUUAGUGAUUAAAUCAAUAAAUUCCAAUAAUAAAAAUAAUCUUUAAAUUCUUUAGACAAUCUAUCCAAUUAAAAAGAUUCAUAAAUACAAAAUUUGAUUCUAGAGAAUUCAAAACUUGUUAAAACAAUUUAAAAAUUAGAAACUAAAAUCAAAAAUACUGUUGAAUUAUAAAAUGAAAACUAAAUCUUAAAAAAGAAUGUUUAAGACUUUAAAAAAGAAAUCCAAUAAUUAAAAUAAAAAUAAACGUUAAAAAACGAUAACAUAUUAUAAUCUGAUGCAUCUUUAGGAUUUUUAGCAGCCAAAAGAAGUUAAGAAAUCUAAAUAUUAACUAAUGAGGUUAGAGAAAUCAAAUAAAAAAAUCGAAAUUUAGAAGAAAAAUUAGAUAAACUCAUUUCAGAAAAUUAAAAUUUAUAGAAUAUAAUAAAAAAAGCAGAAAAUUAAUAUCUAAAAACUAAUUCAUAAGCUAAUUCAAUUAAAAAAAAUAUAUUUGUUGAAAAAUUAUCUGAUUAAAAAUAAACUCCACAAUUAUAAUAGCUUUAGUUAGAGUUAGAUGAUGCAAAAAAAACAAUAACUCAAUUAUAAAGACUCAAUAAUACAAAUACAUUUUCAUAAUAAUCUUUUAAUUAUAAAUUUAGUAAUUCAAACGAUAAGAUUUCAAAAAGUUAAUCUUUAGAACCAUCAAAUUUUGAUAAAAAUAGAAAAUUAAAGUUAUUGGAAGAGUAGAUAAAAAAAUUAGAAUUUGAAAAGGAUAGUCAAAUUUAUAAUACGAAAUUAGAGUGUGCAUAAGAUAUGAAAUGGUUUUAAGAGAAAUUAAAAUAAGAGUAUGAUUAAAAAUAACAAUAAUUUUAAUAAGAUGAGGAUAAACCUACUUAGGAUAAAAUAAAAAAAUUGACUGCUGAGAACAAUAAAUUCUAAAUAAUGCUUGAAAGAUAAAAUAAAGAAAUAAUGAAUAUGGAAAAAAAAUUGACAGGUAUAUAUUUGAAUGAAUGAUUAUUUAGAAUAUUUGAUACUAUAAGAUGAGCUAAAAAAAAAUUUGUAAGAAGAGCAACAGUUUUAAAAUUAUUUGAAAUAGGAAAAGUAGAUGAUUUAGAAUUAAUUAAAAAAUAAGGAUUAAGAAAUUAAUGAUCAUAAAGAUGAUAUAAUAAAAUUAUCAAAAGAAAGACAACAAUUAAGAGAAUAAAUAGAGAAACUAAAAUUGGAAAUCAAAAUGAGCUAAUAUUAAAGUAGUAAUAAACCUGAAAGUUAUUAAAGUGAAAGAAGCAAGAGAAAUAGAUGA